ACAGAGAGAGAAGAAGAGGAAGAGAAGAUGGAGGACUGGUGUCGCUGGGUCAGGGAGACCCGGUGGUGGGUGAAGAGGUGCGGCUGUAGUGUGGUCGUAGAUGAUGAUGAUGAUGAGGAGAGAGGAAGGAAGGAGGAAGAAGAAGACGAAGAAGAAAACAAGGUGAAGAUGGAGGAGCUCAGCUUGAGAAAGAGCAGUUCAACCUCCCUCCCUCCUGCUGAGCUGGAUCCGGUCCGGUCCUGCCCCCCCAACUCCGGGGCUCAGCCCCACUGGUUCCACACCCUGCAGGUCCGGCGGUCCUCGCAGCGAGGACGCAGCAACAGCGACCCGCUGGGGGGGCAGCGCCUCCAGGACGACUUCACAUGGAAACCAGGUCUUCAGUUUGGAAAUGCUCAUUCUUACCUGAGUCUGGAAAAGCUGGGAGAAGGAGCGUACGCCUCUGUGUACAAAGGCAUCAGCAGGAUCAAUGGGCAGUUGGUGGCUCUGAAGGAGAUUCGUAUGAAGACUGAGGAGGGGGUCCCAUUCACCGCCAUCAGGGAAGCGUCUCUCCUCAAAGCUCUUAAACACGCUAACAUUGUUGUCCUCCACGACAUCGUCCAUACUAGAGAGACUCUGACUUUGGUCUUUGAAUAUGUGCAGACAGACCUGGCCCAGUACCUGAGCCAGCACCCAGGAGGACUUCACUCCUACAACAUCCGGCUCUUUAUGUUCCAGCUGCUCCGAGCUCUUUGCUUCAUUCACAGCCGGAGGAUCCUGCACCGAGACCUGAAGCCUCACAACCUGCUCAUUAGCUACCUGGGAGAACUCAAGAUGGCUGACUUUGGUCUGGCUCGGUCCAAGUCCGUCCCCUGUCAGACCUUCUCCUCUGAUGUAGUGACGCUGUGGUACCGCCCCCCCGACGUCCUGCUGGGGUCCACAGAUUACUCUACUGCUCUGGACAUCUGGGCAGCGGGGUGUAUCUUCGUUGAGAUGCUUCAGGGGGCGCCGGCGUUCCCGGGUAUCACCAAUGAGUUCGAGCAGUUACAAAAGAUCUGGACGGUGCUGGGCGUUCCAUCUGAGAACAGUUGGCCUGGAGUCAGCCAGUUUCCCAACUAUAAAUUGGAUCAAUUUAUUUUCUGCGAGGCGAAGCCGUUGAGAAACGUUUGGAAAAGGUUGGCCCAGCUCCCUUAUAAGACCGAGGAUCUGGUACAGAGGAUGUUGAAGGUUCUCCCAUCGGACCGGAUCUCGGCUCAGGAUUCCCUGCAGCACCUUUACUUCAGCACGCUACCUUCCCCCAUCAUGCACCUGAGAGAUACGGUUUCCAUUUUCAAAGUGCCUGGCGUUCAAUUGGAGCCUGAGGUGAGAGAUGUUUUUAACACCAGACAGAAGGUCAAACCGUUCUGGUGAACGCACAAACCAACCACUGAUGAGACGAAGUUAGGGGAAACCAACCCCCCGUCCAACAACCUUAUGGGGGAAACAAUACCUUCUCUUAGCCUGAGAAGAAAACUGGGGAAACUAAACCCUCCUCCAUCAACUUGAUCGGACAAACUGAGGGAAAUCAAACCUUGAUCUAUUCAUCUGAGGGAUAUACGGAGGGAACAAAUAUUCCGCCAUGAUAUUCAUGAACCCAUGUCCCGUUAGCAUUUGUUAGCAUUGGUUAGCAUUGUUGAUUUAUUCAUGAGCGUUCCCCUGGUGCCCUACGUGAAUAAUUACUGAAUCUUACUGUUGACAAGCUGCCAAAUGAAAUAAUCUUUGUCAUGUUAAUGUUUGUGUUUCUUAAUGUUGUUUUAGUAUAAUGCCAUACUGAUAACGUUAAAUUUUAUGAACUUUAAAACCCUCAAACCGUCAUUACCUUCAUUUUUUAUUCCCUAGCUUAGCUUCCACGCCUGGAUGGAAGGACUCAGCUUGUACUACUAAGCUUGUUAUCUUUACAUGCUAGUAUUAGCCUUUACUCUUAGCUUCCACACAGCUGUCAUGGAUGGAAAGACUCAGUUUGUAAACUAGGUAGCUUGAAAUGUCUACCAUAAGAAGCUUACUUUAAAUGCUACAACACCAAGUGGAUGUAACGUUAAACCGUUGUUUCCUUUCAUAAUUUAUUUUGGUUCUUCGCAGGUUUUUUUGUAUAUUGACGGCGGAUCACUUCACUCUCUGUUUAAAGUUUUUUAUUUUACCGUCAGCCUCUAUGUUUUUUAUAAUCUUAAAACUUUAAAACAUUCAAAUGACUUCAGAAACUUUUCUAACAAAAAUUCAUGCGUAUGAAUAUUUGUCUUUUGAUUGAUUGGAGACAUAAAAGAGGAAAAUGCGUAUUUCA